AUGUUGAAACUUUGGGAGCCAUUACGCUGUUUAUUUGGAUCUUUUGGACAGAAGGCACUGUAUGCACACUUAUAUACGAUAAACAAGAAACAAUUGUGGACGAAGGCUAUUCAACCAAAACUAUUAAUGACCAGAGUAGUACCUGUGCAGUGGACGACUAAAUGUUUUGCGGAUGCAACUAACCCGUUGCCGCCAAAUGUUGAUUCAACAACUGUGGUACGAAAACCGGUCCGAAGACGUCGACCAUUAACUUCAGUUUAUGAUUCGACGUAUCCAAGAGGACCGGAAAUCAUUGGUGUAGCAAUGGCGGAAUCCUUCAGAUUACUUGAUUUACUCGAUGAUGAGCAUUUGUUCAGCUUGUAUAAUUGUACGCAUAUCGAUGAAGAAAUUGAUGAUGGUUUACAUUUCGUACCAAAACCACAAUAUAUUAUUGAUCAGAACGCAAUCAAAGAAUUCUUUCUAUUUGCCGAUGGUGUUGUUAUUUUUUGGGGCAUUAAUUAUAUUGAGCGUAGCCAGAUAAUGGAUAUUUUGUCUCAAUAUGCUGAAUUACCAUUUGAAGCAUCAGUUGUUCUAGAAGAAACUGAUACCUUAUCAUUUCGUAUGGUGAAAGAAGGUGAAACACGUAUGAAAGGUGAACAAUUGCUACUUAAUUUUACCAAUUAUUUGGACGGACAUCUUUCGUCGUUGGCAACUUUGGAGCGAUUUGCUUUUUCUCAUGGAAUGGCUGCAUCAGUGAAAGUAGCAAUAUGGGAAGCUCAGUUGUUGGAAUACGCUGAACCGCUUGCAAAAGCUUCAAAAGGACUCAGUGUUGGUAAGAUUCCUUUGAAGCGGAAAAAUGUACUGAUGCAAACUGGUACUUUACUAUCACUUAGACAUUCAAUUAAUUUAAAUACGAACUUGAUCGAUUCCGAUUUUUAUUGGGAAAAGCAGGACUUGGAACCAUAUUACAGGAUGGCUCUGAAACAUUUCGCCGUUGCCAGUCGACGAAGGAUGUUAAACGCACAGUUAGAUUAUUGCAGUGAAAUAUUGAAGGUAGUGAACGGUAUGCAAACUCAUAAUUGCGAAGCACGAUUGGAGUGGAUGAUUAUUUAUCUUAUUAUUAUCGAAGUAUUCUUUGCCAUAAUUGAUCAUUUUGGGUUUAAUUUCGGCCCACCGCAAAAGGUUCUUAUAGAUAAUUGUCAAGAAUUGGUAAGCGGUAUUAAUGAAGCAAUGAAAAAACGCCAAUGA